CGAGGCAUGUCUUUUAAGUUUUGCAUAUGGAAAUAAAACAAUACGGUAGGUAGUUUUAAAUGACUUUAUUGUUUUUCGAAGUAUUCUCCACGAAGAUUAAUACACAUCUGCAUGCGCUCCAAGCAAUUUUCGAAGCACUUAUUCCACUCGUUUGCUGGCAGAUCCAAAACGGCAUUUUUGAUGCGUCAACUGCUUCUUCUGGUGACUGGACGCAGUCUGUUUUUAAUUUUCGGGAAAGUAAAGAAAUCUUUAGGACUUAGACAGGGACUAUAUGGAGGAUGGUCCAAUAAUUCCACGUUUUCUUCCGUUAAAUACUGCCUUGUUUUUGGGCUGUGUGCGAGCUUGCAUUGUCUUGGCGGAGGAUGA